AGCUGUCAGAGCAGCUUGUUGCAUGACCAGCUUUUUGGUAAACUAACUAGAGUUCGGCGUUAAAAUCUAAACCAGUUGCCUGACAAAUCGCGCUUCGCGUGGACCGACGAGAAUGUUCGCUUCGGUUAAAAAACAAGCCUUAAUUCCCUUGACUUAACGAGUCAUUUGCCGCAGUUUCCAUCGAGCUCUUUUGCCGUCUGCGUGAUUUGUGGUCAAGAAACAGCACAGCAGCGGCAGGUCAUGAUAACCAGAUCCCGGACAGAAGAAAGUGCCUUCUCUGACGACGUUCCUACUUGAAGCUGAUCGCCGCUCCCAUCCUACACUGUAAACAACACUGGCUUGGCCUCCGAAAAGAUCUCAAUUCCUCAGACUUGCCAUAGCACAAGGAAACGACACGCUUUUUCCAUUCACAGACUUUAUUAGAUAUCGUUCCAAGGAGAGCCGUUGCCUUCAGAUAUUGCCAUCCACAGCCGUCGAGCUCAAGACCAUUUAGAGACCUGGAGCAUGUUCUUAUUGUCGUGCCGUUGUUGUGCACCUGAGACUAAAUGACUGAUGAACGAGAUUGACAGCUUCACUGAUAGCCGCCAUCGCCCAUGCGACAGCCAGCGGGGGUCUGAAUGUGACGUCUCUAUUUAAAGGGCCUCGCCGACAAACCUCAAAACUAGACAUAAAAAAAAAACACAGAUAUACGUUUGCAGACUAUUUGAACCCGAAGCAACAAUCCCGCAACUGACACCAUAGAGCCUGUAGGUUCUCAAACAGCUAUGGCUUUAAACAUCGCGUCGAUGCGAGACACGAAAUGGCUGACGCUCGAGGUGUGCCGGCAGUUUCAGAGAGGGACGUGCUCGCGCAGCGACGAGGAAUGCAAAUUCGCACACCCGCCCAAGAGCUGCCAGGUGGAGAACGGACGGGUGAUCGCCUGCUUCGACUCGCUGAAGGGUCGGUGUACGAGAGAAAACUGUAAGUACCUUCACCCCCCGGCGCAUCUGAAGACGCAGCUGGAAAUCAACGGACGCAACAACCUCAUCCAGCAGAAGACCGCAGCAGCGAUGCUGGCGCAGCAGAUGCAGUUCAUGAUCCCCGGCACCACCAUGCAACCAGUGCCUACAUUUCCUGUCAGCCAAGGUCUGGGCUCGAACCCUGGACUGAGUUACGCACCGUAUCUGACUCCCAUGAGCCAUGGCAUGGGUCUGGUCCACACAGAGAUGCUCCCCAGCACCCCUGUCAUCAUCCCCGGCAGCCCGCCGGUCAGCAUGCCGAGCUCAUCCUCAUCGCAGAAGCUCCUGCGCACAGACAAACUGGAGGUGUGUCGCGAGUUUCAGCGGGGCAACUGCGCACGCGGCGAGACCGACUGCCGCUUCGCCCAUCCUAGCGACAGCCCGAUGAUCGACACGAGCGACAACACGGUCACCGUGUGCAUGGACUACAUCAAGAGCCGCUGCUCGCGCGAGAAGUGCAAGUACUUCCACCCUCCGGCGCACCUGCAGGCCAAGAUCAAAGCAGCCCAGCAUCAGGCCAACCAGACUGCCGUCGCAGCACAGGCCGCCGCUGCAGCCAUGACUCAGUCGACUGCCAAAGCAAUGAAGCGACCCCUCGAGGCAUCUGUAGAUCUGGCGUUUCCCCAUGGAGUCCUGCAGCCCCUACCAAAGAGACCGGCACUAGAAAAGAGUAACGGGGCCAGCACGCUCUUCAACCCCAGUGUCUUGCACUACCAACAGGCUUUGGCCAGCGCACAGCUCCAGCAGCCCACCGCUGCGUUCUUUCCCACAGGGUCAGUUCUGUGCAUGGCUCCUGCUAGCAGCAUUGAUCAUCUUGAAGUAAACCACCGAAGAGGAAUAACGGGGUGUCAGGAAGCUGCUUUGAGAAACCCAAAAAGAUCCCCGUGUAAAUACGACCUGCCCUCCUCCCCUUUAGAACUACAGCAACCUGCAUGCUAAAGCGUAACACACAGAACACAAAAACACACGCUGUAUACCUGUUAUGCUCGGAAAAGUGACUCAACCGGUUUCUAACUUAAAAAACGAGACUAGAAAAUAUAUAUGAGUAUAUAUAAAUAUAUAUGUUAAUGUACAGCACGUUUCAUAGAGGCAUAAGUGAGAUUUCAUCCGAAUGAUCUGUCACCUGUCAGAUAAUGUGUAUUU